AUACACAAUACCGUAUACGUACUACGCAGAAGAUGAGUUGAAGCAGCGUUCGCCGUACCUUUGUCCAAGCUAUCCAAACGCGAAAAUCCCAUAAAUGGAUCGGGGGUCGAAGCGGCGGCAGGUGAAGCCUUUGGCUGACUCUUUGCUGGAUGCUCUGGAUUAUGACAGCUCAGAUGACAGUGAUUUUGAAGUUGGAGAUGCUUCGGGUUCAGAAGGCACUGGCAAUGGAAGUGAUGAGGAGGGUUCAAAGGACAGUGCUGCAGGUUCUGAGAGUGACUUUGACGGUGUUGGCUCAGCCGAUGAAGAGGGCGUAGAUGAUGAAGAGGCCAAAGAAUUUAAUGAAGACACUGAAGAAGAAGAGAAACCCAAGGAUCCGUCUUUUUCAGAGGAGACCAGCAGCAAAGAAGCGGGUGGAACCUCCAAGAAUCGCAAAAAAGGAGACAAAUCAUCAGAUACAGAACCAAAUGGUACUGGCACCGCAGAGGAAGGCUCAGCGGAGCCAAAAAAAUGGAACCUACGGCGGAACCGGCCCAUGCUGGACUUCACUACAAUGGAAGAGCUAAACGAAAUGGAUGAUUAUGACAGUGAGGAUGACAAUGACUGGAGGCCCACACAAGGAAAAAAGAAAGGCAAGGCAUCAUCUGGGAAGGAGAAAGAAGGGAGUCAGGAAGAGGAGGACGGGGGUAGUGAUGAAGAGGACAAUGAGGAUGAUGAGAACGAGACCAGUAGUAGUGAUAGUGAGGAAGAAGGGAAUAAAUCAAAGAGGAAAGAAGGCAAGAGCACAGGGGCGUUUGAUGAGGAGGAGACCAAUGACAGCCACAGCACAUCCCAUGGGAAGGGCAAUGAGGACUCUCUGUUGGAACGGCCCCAGACCUGGAGCUCCCAGCGGAUGGAGCAUAUCCUUAUCUGCUGUGUGUGUCUGGGAGACAACAGCGAAGAUGCGGAUGAGAUCAUCCAGUGUGACAACUGUGGCGUGACCGUGCAUGAAGGUUGUUAUGGUGUCGAUGGUGAAAGUGACUCGAUCAUGAGCUCGGCCUCGGAGAACUCGACAGAACCGUGGUUCUGUGACGCGUGCAAGAAUGGCGUCACGCCCAGCUGCGAACUCUGUCCCAGUCAGGACGGCAUCUUCAAAGAAACUGAUGCGGGGAGGUGGGUGCACGUGGUGUGUGCCCUUUAUGUUCCAGGGGUCGCAUUUGGAGAUAUUGACAAGCUGCGGCCUGUGACACUCACAGAGAUGAACUACUCAAAGUAUGGAGCAAAGGAGUGCAGUUUGUGCGAGGAUGCACGCUUUGCUCGCACAGGUGUUUGCAUCAGCUGUGAUGCUGGAAUGUGCCGCUCGUUCUUCCACGUUACAUGUGCUCAACGAGAAGGGCUGCUGUCUGAAGCUGCUGCAGAAGAGGACAUUGCCGAUCCAUUCUUUGCCUACUGCAAGCAGCAUGCAGACCGCUUUGACAGGAAAUGGAAAAGGAAGAAUUACCUGGCCCUGCAGUCCUACUGCAAAGUGUCUUUGCAGGAAAGGGAGAAGCAGCUCACACCUGAAUCUCAGGCUCGAAUAACCACGCGGCUUCAGCAGUACAGAGCGAAAGCUGAGCUGUCUCGAAACACUCGGCCGCAGGCGUGGGUGCCACGAGAGAAGCUUCCCCGGCCGCUCACCUCUAGUGCUUCAGCCAUCCGUAAGCUGAUGCGUAAAGCCGAGCUCAUGGGUAUCAGCACAGACAUCUUCCCUGUGGACACAUCCGAUACCAGCGCAAGCGUGGACGGACGGCGUAAACAUAAGCAGCCUGCCCUCACGGCAGACUUCGUUAACUACUACCUAGAGCGGAACAUGAGGAUGAUUCAGAUCCAGGAUAAUAUCGUGGAGCAGAAGAACCUUAAAGACAAGCUGGAGAGUGAGCAGGAGAAACUGCACGUGGAGUACAACAAGCUGUGCGAGUCUCUGGAGGACCUGCAGAAUGUCAAUGGCCAGUUGAGGACCGAGGGCCAAGCCAUAUGGAGCAUGAUGGGGGGGAUCCUUGGACAGAAACUGAACUCUCCUGCUGUUCUGAAAGCUCCCAAAGAGAGAAAGCCGAGCAAGAAAGAGGGAGGUUCUCCAGGGAAGGCAUCAAACCUCCCAGCUAUGCUCUACAGCUGUGGGAUCUGUAAGAAAAACCAAGACCAGCAUCUUUUAUUGCUGUGUGACACCUGUAAGCUGCAUUACCACCUGGGCUGUCUGGACCCGCCUCUCACACGCAUGCCGAAGAAGACCAAAAACAGCUACUGGCAGUGCUCUGAGUGCGACCAGGCCAGCAGUGAUGAGGCUGACUUCGCCAUGGAGACGUUACCAGAUGGAACCAAAAGGUCCAGGAGGCAGAUCAAGGGGCCAAUCAAAUUUAUCCCUCAAGAAAUGAGCCCAGAGACCAAGAAGCUUCAAGUGAGAGGGACUAGAACCAGAGGCCAGAAGAGGAAGAGAAUGUCCAUCUGCGAAGAGGAGAAGAUCGAGGAACCGUCACCGCGGGAGCGCAGACAGAGGCAGUCGACUCUGCAGAAAAAGCCCAAAGCUGAUGACACGCGGACCGAGUGCACCACUUGCAAAGGCCCUGGUGACAAUGAAAACCUAGUGAGGUUGUGAGAGCCGGGCACCACCUCCUUCCCUAGAAAAGGACAGAUGAGAGAGAGACAGGGAGAGAGAGAGAGAGGGAAAUUAACUCGUUUGAAGAGCGGCGUUGGGGUCGGGGAGGAGUCGCAGAUGGCCGCCUCCGACCGUCACCUUCGACCGUCCCUUCUGCCCAAAGCGGACCGUGCCAUGGACUUGAUCAUGGUUAAACGACGGUCCAGCGAACAUUUUCUGAAAGAACGAAAAGACUAUCAUAUGUGGACUAACAUGAAAUUGAAUCAGUUUGCACUGGGAGGGAGACAUCAACCCUCAUGGGACACUAUAAAAGGACUUUAUAUGGACAGAAUACUCAGUUAGCCAGUUUGGAGCCACAUAGUCAUCCAUAGGGUCGUUAUUUGUGGAAUACACGAAGCGUGAUGCUGGUUUUGGGCCUUUUGCUCUGUGGAUAAAGCCAGAUUCCGGGCUGUUUCACCAUCUUUGUAAGGGUUUUGCUGUCAUCUGGCCCUCUUUGUGCCUCCUGGACUCUUUUUUGCUCUCGCUUUUCCAUUGGCUCUAAAACCGUGCACACCUCGUUCGAUCAGCUGUGUUUAUUGGGUCAGAUGUGCUUCUGAAAGCUAAUUGUGUCUUCUGUCUAGCUUCUUAUGAUGAAUGUUUUUGUUUCUUGACUCUGCUCUAUUUGGCCUGUGAUAUGUGAAUUAUAUGGUUAAAAGUGAUUUGAUGAUAGAAGUUAGAAUCAAUAGAAUAGUUUUUUAAAGCAUUUACAUUUUUUACUAGUUGUGGUAGCGUAAUAUAGCUCAAUAUGAUAAUAUGCAUACUUAAACUUAUAGUUAUUCCCUUUGUACCAUAUUACUGAUAUGGGGUGAAUCUCACAAAAACAUAUCCAUGUAUAUUUCACAAUUUUUUUUUUAUAUUUUGACAUUAAUUUUAUGAUAUUUAAGCAGGUUUUCCAUCUCUGCAUUUUAUUAUAUUUAUUUUACUUACUUUUUUUAUACAAUAUGCAAUGCAAUAGUUUUUACUUUAUUACUGUACCUUUUUUUUUUACUUUUUGAUAUAUGGAUGUUUUACAAUUUAAAUAAUUAUUAUUUUUGCCUUAUGUUAAUGUCAAUUGGAAGAAAUAAUGUAUACAAAUUGUCAUGAAACUUUUUAUGUUUAAUGUUGAUGUCACUAAUAUUAUACAUAAUAUUACGUUGUGAACGUAGGCUGUAUUGGUGUUUUGGCUUGCAUCUGCUUUGACAGUCUUGCUGUUUUAUGCUGUGCAAUGGCAAAAAUAAAUCCUAACACACUGAAAAAGGCUACAUUCCCAAACCCUGCAUCCCAUUCCCUAGUUUCACAGUAUAUUGUACUAAUGACAGUGUAGCUACUUGAUUCCUAGCAGGAUGGCUGAAAGGGGACAUGAGGCCCUAAGUUCCCACUUUGAUGGUAUCCUGUGGUUUCUAUCUUAAUACCAUUGGGAACAGCCUCAUGCCUUCUCAAACUGCUUAUUUGCACCGGACCAGACACAACACUUCCUUCCCUAGGAUUUACACAUCUUUCCCUCUCUGGAUGUCUUCAGCUGCCCUUUAACCUCUCACCCCACGGUAUCUUCAGCCACAGCUUUAUCUCUCUCUUCUACAGCUGUCUAACCUAGCUCACAGCUUACUGUGUGUGUAAGUGUUUGUUUGGGUACAUACUGCAUCUGCUUUGCCGAGAUAAUGCUGCAAGAUGGAGCCUUUUAGAUUACAGUUUGCCUGUUAUGUCAUGUGAUGUCAGUUUAGCGAAGUAUUGAGCUCUUUUUGUGUGUUUUAUUUUUAUUUUUUUCAGUCAUAAGCCGUGCUGCAGUAUACAUUUUUUUUUUUUUUUUUUUGGAAUUGAAAAGUUUAUCUGUACUUGAAUUAUUAUUAUAAUUUUUUCCGUACUUGAUGUAUUUAAUGUAAAUAUUUGACAUGGUAAUUUAUUUCUUAGACAUUCCCCACAGUUAAUGUGUUAAUGUGACUUGAGCUGAGAUUAUAGCAUUGAAUUGGUGACUGUUCGUGUCUUGUGUAUAUGCAGUGAUUUUGUUACAAGUCAUCAUUUCGCGCAAGUGUGGUCUUGGGACAAAGUCCUUGCUUGAUGCGAGCCUUAAUAAACGUUUUCACCUCAUUGCCAUAA